AUGUUUAGUAGCGUGUUGAAGCGUGCCGCAACGACCAGAACAAAAAGAUUUAUCAUAAAUAUCCUUCUUAAACAUGUACGAGAAAAAUUUGUUAGAUUUUUUGUAUUCUUUUUCUUUGAAAAUAUAUCAUUUGGGUCUUGUAAGUUCGUAUUUCCAAGGCUUCCAGAUUUCUCGUCCGAUGAGUUAUGUUUUUGCGAAGAAGCAGCAGUCGAAGCAGCCUAUGAAAGCAUACAAACAGUUUAUAGAGAUAUUUCCACUGACGGAGAAAAUUCAGAUCAUUUUUCAUUCUACUACUUAAAGGAGAAAGCCCCGGAUAGCAGAAAAGCAAGCAUGCAUACACACAAAAAAAAGUUGUUAAAGUAA